ACGACUAUUUUAUUAAUUGCGGCCCGCAAAACACACAUCGUAGGCCGCUAUGACACCGGUUAGUUUGCGGUACAAAUCUGUCGAAGGAUAGUCCCUUCUAUUGCCACAUGUCGGAGCGUCGGUUUUUAGUUACGGGCGAGAGAUGAAGUCCUUAAAACCACCCAGCAUCAGAAUCUCCCUGGCGGGGGCAUUCAUGACCAUCGACAAGGAUAAAGUGGUGUCGUCCAACCCCUCGCCCGGUGCUCACCUAGACUCGCCGCACCAUCGUAAAGUCAGCAUCGUCGAGAGCGUCCACGGCCACGACAACCCGGCCUUCGAGUCGCCCCGCAGUCGGAAGGUCUCCUCGACCUCGGACCACGCCGAAAUGGGGCCGGUGCGGAAAAAAAGUAUACUCCACAACGCCAACGUGAACCACGACAGCAACAGCAUAUCAGGGAUCAGUGACAGUGCCAAGCAGAUUAACGGCGAUGCCAGGAUAAAAAAGAAUUCAGUCACCGAAUCGGUGUAUUCCAAGACCAGGUUUUCCGACAUCGAUGACGACGAUGACAAAUCCUGGUGGUACACAUUUUGCAUCAAGUGCCGGACCAAAGAGACGCUUCCAUCGUGGCAACCGCCUUUGUGGAGCAAAAUAUGUCCCUACCCCUUCUGUCCCACCUACAGACAGUUCUCGAGGAUCAUAUCGUUGGCCCUUAUAGGAACGCUGUCAUGGUGCAUUUUGUAUGCCAUCGUGGGCGACACGGCCGCACCUCAGGGACACUUAUUCCAACUUAUAGUUCUUUGUCUGUGCGCCCACUUCGGAGGAUGGCUGAUGAGUCUCACCACGUUGCCCGCCCUCAUUGGGAUGUUGUUCACUGGGAUGCUGCUGCAGAACGUCAAUAUUGUUAACAUCGACGAGUCUUUCAGCGACAUCACCAAGGAACUCAGGAACGUAGCUUUGGUGAUCCUCCUGAUAAGGGCCGGCUUGGACUUGGACCCGCACGCACUGAAACGACUAAAAUGGACGGUCAUGAAGCUCGGCAUGAUUCCUUGGAUACUGGAAGUCAUUGUAGUGGCCAUAUCAUCCCACUACCUCAUAGACCUAUCCUGGAAGUUCUCCUGCGCCUUAGGGAGCAUAGUCGCAGCAGUCUCCCCCGCCGUCCUCGUACCUUGCCUGAUAAGACUCAGGAGUAAGGGCUACGGAGUUGCCAAAGGCAUUCCCACCCUGAUCAUUGCAGUGGCCAGCAUAGACGACGCCUUGUCUGUGGCAGUUUUCGGAAUAACUAAGACCAUAAUCUUUUCCGAGAGCUCGGUGACGUCUCUGGUGCUGCAAGGACCUUUGUCGGUGAUUGGGGGGAUAGGAUUCGGAAUUAUUUGGGCCCUCAUUUGUAACUACGCCCCAGAACGUCACGACCCUUUCGUAGUACCCCUGCGAGUCAUUCUUCUGUUAGCUGGGGGAAUGGUUUCGCUCUUUGGCAGCGAUUUGUUUGGGUACGGAGGGGCAGGCCCUCUAGGAACGGUAACUGCUGCAGUCGCCUGUUUAUAUUGUUGGUCACGACAGGGAUGGGAAAUCGAGGACAAUCCGGCUACAACCGCUUUCGAAAUUUUCUGGAUGAUUUUCGAGCCAAUCCUCUUCGGCAUUACGGGAUCUCAAAUCAAAUUCAACGAGCUGGAUGGAGGAAUGGUGGCUACUGGGCUGGGGAUUUUGUGUAUAGGAAUUUUUGCCAGGGUAACUAGCACAGUAAUAGCCAGUAUAGGUUGUAACUUGAAUUUGAAAGAGAAAAUAUUCGUUGCCCUAGCCUGGGCCUGCAAAGCAACAGUACAGGCUGCCCUUGCUCCAGUUUGUCUGGGCCUAGUAGAUGCAGGCACUACUGAAUACGAAUACUCGGAAAAAGUUUUAAUGAUUUGCGUUAUGUCUAUUAUAUUGACAGCUCCCACUGGAGCAAUUUUAGUAACAUUCCUUGGUCCAAAACUGCUGAAUAAGACCAAACAAACGCCACAAAUACCAGAGGGCUGGAGAAGAAGUCACCGACCCUCUAUAAGAGACAUUAGUAUUAUCGAUGAAGAAGAGGAGAGGAACGAAGCUGAUUUUUCAGAAGACACAAUUAGUGAAAAGGACAAUAAAAGUGAGGUGUAAGAUUGAAACAACAUUUUGAUUGUUUGGAGGUCGAAUUAGUAGUUACAUAAAAUAUUAUAUUUUUUCGUCGUAUGAUGAGAAUGUACUUAUUGGUGCAAUUCCAUGAUUCCAGAUGUAUGUAACGCUGGAAUUCCAUAAAUAUUAAGUAUUUAAAACAAUAUAAUUAUGUACAAACCUUGAAACCUCAGAAUUCCAUGAGAUCCAAUUUAUCUGUUAGUGUGAUACAAGUGGUACUCACGAUGUAAUGGUAAUUCUGUGAUAAUGAUAAUUAUUGUAAGAUAGACAACAGUAUUUUUUGAGUAGUGUAUAGAAUUAUUUUCCUGUGAAUACUAUUAUUUAAUAUAGUUAUAUAUCUGUAAAUAUAAAUCUAGUUUUAAAUAUAUAACUUUUCAAAAAAGUC